AUGCGCUUCACCCUCGCUACCGUCCUGGCCUUUGCCGCCUCCGCCGUCGCUGUCGGCGUCGAUGCCACCGAGGGCUUCGACAAGAUCAACACCCCCAACAAGGACGAGCAGCUCCCUGCUGGCAAGCCCUACGUCGUCAAGUGGGAGAACCCUGCUCCCUACACCGAGGGCUCCGUCUACAUCCAGCUCCUCGGCGGCAAGGACCCCAACACUCUGACUGUCAAGACUGAGAAGAUUGCCUCCGUCAACAACGCCGACAAGGAGUACACCUGGAACGUCGACGCCUCUCUCGGCGACGACGCCACCUACGGCCUCCGCUUCGUCUGGGAGAAGGACGACAAGGUUGUCCAGUACUCCAAGCCCUUCCAGAUCAAGAAGGCCGACGGCAGCGGCUCUUCCUCCACCGUCACCGUGACCUCGUCCCAGGGCGCCAAGACCGUCACACUCUCCUCUGCUUCCACCACCUCGACUACCACCUCGACCACCACCACCACGACGGCCACCAACACCACCACCUCUUGCCUCACCAGCUCGACCGCCCACCCCAACACCACCGUUGCUCACAACAGCACCACCCAUGCUUCCACCACCAUGAGCAAGACCACCAGCCUCGUCGUCACCGAGAGCGCCAGCCAGACCGCCAGCCAGACCACCGCUCCCGCCACCAAACCCUCCAGCGGUGCUGCCCACGCCGCCGGCUCCAUUGCCGCCAUCGGUGGUCUUGUCGCCGCUCUGCUUGCCCUGUAA